AUGGAGGGUUACAGCAACAACGGUGAGAUGUUGAGUUGUAAGGAUAUGGCUAAGUUAGCUGAAAAAGCUAUAAGUUUAGCCGAAAUUGAAAAUGUUUCCUAUACAUUAAAAAAAGGUGGGCUUUUUAGCCACGAAACAAUACACGAUUUACUGAAUGGUGCUAUUUUACUGGUUCCUUAUGAUGCAGAUUUCAAUCACUCCCCUUGCCUCAGGCAUGGCCAUACAGCUCACUGGGCACUAGUUUGUGGAGUUAUCAUUAUUGAAGACCCAGGCGAGUCCUACAUUUCAAAACCCAGUAAUGUCUAUGUUCUCUGCAGACAUGGAAAAUCUAGAUUUCUUGCUGCAUGGACAUUGGAAGAGCUGCACAAAAGUAAUAUGAACCUGUGGGAAUUCUCACCAAAGAAAGCCGAAGAUGGUCUCUUGUAUGUGGUUCCUGAAGGCGGUUUAAGGUCGAAACGGAGUGUUCCAAAUGGCUCGGAGAUUAUGAAGGGCUGCUUGAAGUAUCGCGCCAACAAACGCUUCGCCACA